AUGGGCGGCGUGGGCAAAACCACUCUUGUCAAACAAGUAGCCCAACAAGCGGAGGAAGAAAAGCUCUUUCACAAGGUGGUCAUGGUGUUACACAUAUCCCAAACUCCCAACAUCGCAGAAAUUAAAGAAAAAAUUGCAAGAAUAUUGGGUUUGAAAUUUGAGGCGGAGGAGGAUAGAGCAGGUCGCCUGAGGCAAAGGUUGAAGAGAGAGGAGAAAAUCCUGGUGAUCUUAGAUGAUAUCUGGGGGAAACUUGAGUUGAGAGAAAUAGGAAUUCCUUACCGAGAUGAUCACAAGGGGUGCAAAGUGCUGCUGACUUCCCGGGAGCAUCAGGUUUUAUCUAAAGAUAUGCGUACUCAAAAGGAGUUCCAUCUUCAACACUUAAGUGAAGAUGAAGCCUGGAAUUUAUUCAAGAAGACAGCAGGUGAUUCAGUGGAGAAGCCUGAACUGCGUCCCAUAGCAGUUGAUGUAGCUAAAAAAUGUGACGGUCUACCAGUUGCAAUUGUCACCAUUGCAAAUGCAUUAAGAGGUGAGAGUGUGCAUGUAUGGGAGAAUGCCUUGGAAGAACUGAGAAGGUCUGCACCAACAAACAUCAGAGGAGUGAGUAAAGACGUCUACUCAUGUCUGGAGCUGAGCUACAACCAUUUGGAAAGAUUCUUUUCAUGGGAGAAAGCAGCAAAUAAACUAAUCACACUGGUGGAAAAUCUGAAAGGCUCAAGCUUGUUGCUUGACGAUGAAGACAGAGGCAAUGAGAGAUUUUCGAGCUUGUUUUUCAAUGACGCGUUUGUCAGAAUGCAUGAUGUUGUUCGUGAUGUUGCCAUAUCAAUUGCAUCCAAAGAUCCUCAUCAAUUUGUGGUGAAAGAAGCGGUUGGAUUACAAGAAGAAUGGCAAUGGAUGAAUGAAUGCAGAAAUUGCACUCGUGAUUCUUACUUGAAAAUUCCAUACACCUUUUUCCAAGACACCAAAGAACUGACAGUUUUAGAUUUGUCUGGAGUGUCUCUCAAGCCAUCUCCUUCAUCGCUUGGUUUUCUUUUAAAUCUUCGCACAUUGUGUCUAAAUGGAUGCGUGCUCGAAGACAUAGCAGUAAUUGGACACCUGGAGAGACUACAAGUUCUUAGUUUGGCUUGCUCCCACAUUUAUCAGUUGCCAAAAGAAAUGAUGAAAUUGAGUGAUCUAAGGGUGUUGGAUUUGAGAUAUUCAAUAGUAAUAGGUGAUUCUUGGAGGCCAUACGAUGAGGAGAAAGCCAUAGCAUUGUUGGAAAAGUCAAAUGGUUCUAGUCUCUACGUGGCCUACUUUGGCCUAGUCUUUAGUAGUAAGUUUGAGUCUGUUGCAUGGUAUCAGAGCCACCAAGUGAAAAGUGAGAUAGAGAGUGGGUAUAGCAGCAUCUCUGUAUUUGUUUUCCGUUUUGCAGCAGCAUAG